UCCAAAAAGAGGCCCAAAAAAUGGAGUUUGUGGUCCUCACCCUCAGCUCUAGUACUCCUCAUGUCUACUCUCUUCCAUUUUCUUUCCUUUGAAGCAACCAAUCUUUUGCUUCCUCCUCCUUCUCUCUGCUCCCCAAAUUAAUAAUGGCCACCGGAAAAGCUGACGGAAAGAGGCGGCUCAAUUACUCCGACAUGGACGAGGAGGAGGAGGAGGAGGAAGAAGAAGAGGAGCAGCAGCGGCAGCAAGAUAAGGCCGAUGGGGAAUUAGGGUUUGGAGGGGAUUACAUUAAGAAGAAGAAAAUUGUGACUGCUGCUGCUAAUUCUACCAACAGAGGAUCAGGAUCUGGGUACGCCGGAGGUGCGGCGGCGGCGUCGUGUCAGGCCGACAAUUGCAAUGCGGAUCUGUCGAGUUCGAAGCGGUACCACCGGCGGCAUAAGGUGUGUGAGUCGCAUGCCAAGGCUCCGGUGGUGCCGGUGGCCGGAAUCCACAAACGCUUCUGCCAGCAAUGCAGCAGAUUUCAUGGGGUUGAAGAGUUUGAUGAAUCAAAAAGGAGUUGCCGGAAGCGGCUGGCCGGACACAACCAGCGGCGACGGAAGAGCUCAUCGGACGUUCAUGGCGAGAGCUCAACCUGAGAAAUUAGCAGCAGAACGAUGAAAGAGGGAGAAAUUUUACUUUAGCUUUCUUUCUCCAUUGAACUUGGCCCUUUCCCAAGUUUCUUUUUUUCUUUAUUUUUGGCCGGUCAAUCUUCCAUUAUUACCAAAUUUGCCUGCUCUCUCUCUUCUGUCAAAUCCCGGCCUUUGCUUUGUACCAUAGACCAGUUUAGUUGCUUUCGUUAGGGGAGGGUUUUCUGUAUUUCCAGGAUUUGAAAUAAUUAUGGAUCAUUAAUCCAUUUUGCAAUGGUAAUUAUGAUUAUGGGUUGCAACUGGCACCUGUAUUUUGUU